UUCACUAUGUGACUGAAAAUUUGCAUUGAGUAGACUAGACUUAUAUCAAUCACUAUAAUUAGUAUAAAUUAAAUCACAUUGGGCCUAUAUGCAAAUAUUUUGCAAAUCUACAAUUGAAUAUGUUUCCUUAACUUACAGGUUGCUGGUUGGAGCACCACUAGGACAAAAUCUUCAGCCCAACACGAAAAAGUCAGGUGCACUCUGGAAAUGUGCACUCACGCCGGCCGUGAGAGACUGCGAGCAAGUCGUCACAGACGGCAUGAGAAGCAUAGGUUUGGAGUCGACAAAUGUAAACCUGACUAGUCCGUACCCGGAUGAGAUUAAAGAAGGCCAGUGGCUUGGCGUCUCUGUGAGGAGUCAAGGACCAGGAAAGAAAGCUGUUGUAUGCGCUCAUAGAUACAUUCGUAAAGUUGGUGAAUCUCAAUUGGGUCAAGGUUUAUGUUAUAUGCUGAACAACCAGCUACGGCUUGCUGACAUUUGGGAGCCUUGCAAGGGGAGAUCAGUUGUCAGGGAACAUGAGGACUUUGGGUUCUGCCAAGUGGGUACUAGCAGCUCUUUCCUCGAAGACGAUACGAUACUAAUGGGUAGUCCCGGUCCUUACACCUGGAGGGGUACAGUCUUCGCCCAGGAUGCUAAUGACGAUGUGCUGGGUCGUGACAAUAUCGUCUACAUGGCACCGGUCGCUGAUGGUGCUAGCCCUGUUGAGAAAUAUAGUUAUUUAGGUAUGUCAGUAACAGGAGCAAACUUUUACACUGAUAAGCCCUCGUACGCAGCCGGGGCUCCCCGUGCAUCUGGCACCGGUCAGGUUGUUAUCUUUAGCAAACCUAUUAUAAAGGAUUGGACGCGCACUGAUAUAGACAUCCUGAAGGUGGCACAGAUCUUCAAAGGGGAACAAUUCGGAUCUAGCUUCGGAUAUGAAGUUGCGUCUGCUGAUGUCAAUGGUGAUGGGUUACCGGAUCUUCUAGUAGGAGCUCCAUUCUACUUCUCUCGCGAUACUGGUGGUGCCGUUUAUUUGUAUUUGAAUAACAAUUCUAAUUUCUCAUCAAACUACGAUGUAAAACUGACUGGUGAACCAGAGUCUCAGUUCGGUAUCACAAUUGCAAAUGCAGGUGAUCUUAAUAGAGAUGGUUGUGAAGAUGUGGCAAUUGGUAGUCCUUAUGAGGAAUAUGGCGUAGUGUACAUUCAUAUGGGAGACAGAAAAUCUGGUUUGAAGAUUAAACCUGAUCAAGUAAUUAGAGCAGAAUCGUUACCGAUGACUUUGAGAACAUUUGGAUAUUCACUGUCGGGUGGUGUUGAUUUAGAUGGUAACGGAUAUCCCGAUUUACUUGUUGGUGCUUAUGAAAACAGUAGCGUUGCACUUAUCCGUACAAGACCUAUCAUCGAUAUUAAAACUUCAGUUCGUCCUUCUAACACUAUAAUGAAUGUUGACCCAACUGUACAUGGUUGUGAGAAAGACCCUACAGCAAAUUAUACGUGUUUCCACUUCCAAGCGUGCUGUAUGAUCAAAUCACUAGUCAGAUCAGCUAAAACCAACACCCAUACAUUAAAUUAUGUAAUAGAAGCUGAAACUUUCCCUGGUGGAAGAAAAUAUUCCAGAGUAUUCUUUGAUGCGGAGAAAACAAACAUUGUUAAUAAAAGUAUACGCUUGGGCAAAGAUGUAGAAGACUGUAGAGAACAUAUUGUUUAUCUGAAGAACAAUACUAGAGAUAUACAAACACCAAUAAAGUUCCAAGUAACAUAUACGCUAGAGCAUGAACGUCCUCGAUAUUCUACAAUAGGCCAGCUACCUAACAUCGAUGAUUACCCGGUCCUCAACGCAACUGCCACGACCACUUUCAGCGCUAACUUCUUGAACGACUGUGGCGUUGACGGUGUAUGUGUUAGCGAUUUGGUGGUCAAUCCUGUACUGCAACUCCCUAUGGCUGAAGGUGGCAAAGCGUAUGCUCUGACUCUAGGUCAAGAGGAAGAGAUAAGGCUUUCAAUAUCAGUGGAUAACUAUGCUGAAUCAGCAUACGAGACGCAAUUGUUUGUGCAACACCACGCCAGUCUUCAUUACAUAGCUGUUAAUAUAAGUGAAAAACAUGUCAUUUGUACGAGCUUGAAUAAAACAGUCGUAUCCUGUUUGCUAGAAAAUCCAUUCAAGAAACAACCUGAAGGAAGUCCUCCAAUUACAAUGCGGUUCGACGCUAGAGCACUAGAAGACAAUGAACCUUCAGUAGUUUUUAUUGUAUGGGCUAAUUCUACAUCCAAAGAACUGUACCCUGGAAAGACCCCAGCGAAAGUGGAAGCUCUCGUGAUUAAGAAUGCUGAGUUGUUGAUAAAAGGAGCUGCGAGACCUGAACAAGUUUUCUAUGGUGGGGAGGUGAAAGGUGAAUCAGCAAUGACAUAUUUCGAUGAUUUGGGCACCAGAGUUAUUCAUACAUAUCAGGUAUUCAAUGAGGGACCAUGGAGAGUGUCUUCAGUCCAAGUGGUGAUUUCUUGGCCACAUCAGGUGGCGUCUGAUAAUCCGCAAGGCAAAUGGCUCUUGUAUCCAGAAGAUGUGCCAACUGUCGACGGAGAAGCAGAUCAAAGCAACGGCGAGUGUUUUAUAUCGGAAAAACAGAUAAAUCCGCUGAAAUUAACUCCUAGGCCCGGUGUUCCGGAGCCAUUAUUAGAGAAUUUAGAAAUGGAUCCGUUCCUUAGGACUGGCAAAAUAAGCGUCAGCUCCAACGAGAAGUUUCACAAUGAAACUAAGAAAUUGUCCGAAUAUUCUAGCGCUAUAGAGAAUAAAGUUAGAAGGAAACGAGAAAACGAUAUUGUUAAAGCAGAAGCAUAUACAGACAAGGAUGGUCAACGGAAACAAGUUGUCAAUAUGAACUGUCAGAAAAAGACAGCGAAAUGCAUACAGUUCCAAUGUGUGAUUUACCGCCUGGGCCGUAUGCAGGCGACCACUAUUACCGUAAAAGCACGCCUGUGGAACGCAACGCUCGUAGAGGACUACCCACGCGUCAGUCAUAUCAACAUAGCCUCCUCCGCCUACAUCCUUAUUCCGGAACAUUACAAUCUCCAUCAAAACAAGCACCACGAUGAUACCGCUACGGUGGAGACGGUAGCUUAUCCAGAUCUCAAGAUCAGCGAGCCUACAGAAGUGCCACUAUGGGUCAUCAUCCUUUCGGUGAUCAUUGGACUCAUAGUAUUAAUUUUACUAAUAAUAGCUUUGUGGAAGCUCGGAUUCUUCAAGCGAAGUAGACCAGACCCGACGUUAUCGGGUAAUCUGGAGAAGAACAACCACGAGUCCAGCCCAUUCAUAGUGAGAGACAGGAACAAUGUUCGAUAGCUAGAGUAUUUUAUGGUGAGGAGUGACAGUGACAGUGUAGUCCCUCUACAGUGCGAAAGAUUUUGAUGAGUGCACGCAUAAAAUUGGUUCGUUCGUAUUGCCUGAUAAUAAUCACAAAGAAGGACCGCACUUAUCAUUAGCAUGUUCUGGAAAAGUGUAGUGUGUAACUGAAGUGGUGUUGGACAGGUAUUAUUUUACUUUAUAUAUUUCUAUGUUUGACCAUGAAGCAUAUCUUUGAUCAAGCACUGGUCUUAUGUUAUAUUUUAUAAUAGUUAUCUAUGCCUGUUUGGUAAAUAAAUUAUAAAAUUAUUUUUUGACUGUGAUGUCUUCAUAGAGAAUAAUGUGUGCUUAUGUGAUGUUUUAAACAGUAACAUUUUUAAGUUUUGUUGAAUUUGCACGAGUCCUUGUAUUAAGAAAUUUUAUUAAUAUUUUCUCUGAUUGCAUUUCUAUAGAGUUAAGUAUGUGCAGCUACGUUACUUAUCUAAUUGUUUUAAGGUUUCGGGGCCCAAAAGGCGUACCUAUGAAACCUGAAUAUUGAUGUCCGUUCGUCCGCCCAUCCGUUCUCAUAAUAAUAAGUGGGUGGAUGUUAAUUUUGUAAAUAGUUUAUACGUACCGUAGGGAUGACUUUCGAGUAAUGUGGCUUUUGACUUUGUAAGUUUUGUUGUGGCUAUGAUAUUUUUUGUUUUAUAACAAUAUCCAGUAAUUUCUUUAUUAAAGCAUCUUCAACUAGUCGUAUAGUUAACAGUAACACAUCCAUUUCAAAUUUAAUUUCUUACCCC